UGAUUUCAGCUGGAAAAUAGCUUUCAGAAAUUCUGUCGCUUUAGUUGCGUUGAUAUAUUUUGUUGAUUAUCGGAUUUUUCAUAAACACUUUUUCGGAUAUGUGUAAUUAUUUAAUGUUAAUAAAAAUGUAUGUUUAAUUAGUUUAAAAAGUUUUGUUUUAAAAAUGGCACAUACUGCAAAAAAGUUAAAUGUUGGCACUUCAUGUGAACAGCAAGUUGAUUUAAUAAAAACAGAAAAACUAUUUGAACAUAAUAUUUUAACCUAUGAUGUAUUAAGAAUCAUUUUUCAGUAUUUAAGUGCUAAAGAUCUAUUUAAAGUUGCUAGCACAUGCAGAUCGUGGAGAGAUGCUGCAAAUAAUGAGGCAACUAGUAGAAAAGCACCCGAAUAUGUUUUAAAAAAUUUUCAAGUAAUUGACAAAGAAAAUUCAGAAGAUGCAUAUAGUGCAUCACUUCUAGGACAAGAUUUGAGAGUAAAGCCCAGUCUUGGAUUAAUUUGUGCAAAAAUUCAAGAAAUAAAUGAGUGGGCACCAGUGGGCUGCUAUUGUGACAAUCUUCCAUCCAACUGUAGUUCAUUUAUUCUUGGAGGAUAUGAUAUUGUAUUAGAUGAUUCAAAAAUUGAUAAUAAAUGUGGAAUGGCUGUAUGUACUUUUAUACCUGAUAUACCUAAACUCAAUCUUAAAGUAUUUCAUGUCGAUAAGCACAAAUUUAAGGGAGUUAAUAAAAUGUAUAUAAAAACACAUGCAGAAGUAUUACUCAAGCAAUUAUUACCUUCCAAACAUGAGAAAUCUAAAUGUAUUAUUAUGUUAACAAAUGAAGAAAGCAAUCGUUUUACAAAACUUAUGAUCAAAGGUUUACAGGAAAGGUAUAAACCAGGAACUCUUUCUCUUUGGGGUGGAGUAUGUGUGGAUUUAAAACUUUGUAAUGCUUCUAAAUCUUCGCAUACGUGUUCUAAAACUAUUCGUUGGACAGCAAUUACUUUAUCCAGUCCUUCAUUACAAAGUUGGUCAACUGUUUUACUCCAUUCAUGUCGCAGUGAAGCACAAAUAGAAGAAAAUUUAGUAACUUUAAGAAAAAAUAUUAAGCUUCAAAGACACUCCCUUGGACUGAUGUUUUCAUGUUGUGUACGCAAACGUUGGAAAGAAAUAGAAAUAGCAAUAUUUAAAAAAGUAUUUACUAAAGUACCUUUAAUUGGUAUUCAUGGUGAUGGUGAAUAUGGAUUAAAUACUUUAAGUAAAAAACGUGAAAGUCAAUUACAACACACGCAUUCAACGAUAUUUAUGAUUUUAACAUAUCAGUAAAUAUUUUAUGUAGUGCAAUCAUGGCUAACAUAGCUAUAUUGAAUUAACUUUUGUGAUAUGCUGUGAUAUGAUCUUAUGUGACAUGAGUGACACAUAUUAUGCCUAAAUGGCGAUAAAUUCAACUAAAAACUAAUGUGUUUAGCAUAUAUACAAAUUAUAUUACAAAUGUAUAUUAGAUAAAAAGAAAUCACAAGGUAUCAGG